CUCAUCCCCCGCCCCCCGCCCCAGUUGCCCUCGCGAGCAGUCUUAAUAUUUGAGACUGCCCCUCUGGGACCUGCACGGAGAGUUUAGGGACUGUCGGCGGCCGAGUUGGGGUACUUCGGUUCCCCAACCUCGGGCGGCUGGCGUUGGGGGUUGGGCAGGAACAGACGUGGUUCCAGGGGGCGACAGUUGCACGCGCGCGCCUCCGUACCCAUGGGUUAGGGGCGCGCGCGCCGGCGCCAUGUUAUGGUGGGGGGUCUCAACCUUGAGGCCAGCGCGCGAGCGAGCUUGCGGCUGCGCAUGCCCGACUGCUGAUUGGCCGGCUCGGAUGGUGCGGGUGCGCGCCGCGGUGUCAGGCUCGAUCUGUGGGGUCGCGUUAACUUGUGUCUCCGGGGCUGGUACUCUCGGGCAGCAGGCUCUCCGGAUUGGCCGCCGGGCGGCGGGGGCGGUGCCGCGGUGCUUCUGUGCUUGGUAACUUCGGCCGGCGGGCGGGUGAGAUUGGGCAGCGUUGCUACUCCGUGUCUCGGUUCUUCACUGCCUUCGCCCAGGUGGAAGCUGGGGUGGGCUUUGUCCCCGCCCGGCGGGCGCGCCUGCCCUGCUGGGCCGGUUUUGGUGGGGGAAAUAAACACAAUGACCGGAAGGAAAACCUCAGCCUUCAGGCCACGAAUAUAAGCCGUCUGUAAUGGGCCAGCACCUAAGCGGGUUUCAGUGGGGGAGGAAGACAAAAAAAAAAAUGUCUUCUUUGCCUUUCAUCCCCCCUCCAUAUUUGCUUACCCAAGUUUUUUCUUUAUUAAAGCGAGGUUUGUUUAUUUAUUUACUUAUUCUUUAGUGCUAUGGUUUUGUGCUAAUUUGCGGCUGAGAGUGUUCAGAUGUCUGGUCCAGUUCAAGUAGUGCUCACUUCAGCGAAUGUGGGGCCCGAUGCAGACUUCUCACCCUUUCUGCAUUCAACUUUGCUGCAGACAAUGGAUUGAUGGAUGGGCCACAGUGCCUAAGAGUAGUCUCUGGGUGCUAAAGAGACAAAAGGGGAAGCUAGUUUGCAAAUGAGAAUGUACAGGAGACUGCCCUGAGGAGGCAGGGCUUGCAUUUCACUCCUUCCACCUAAAGCCUAUCAUUUGGGAUGACUGACUUUCUACUACAGUAGACAUCCUCCGAUCCACGAUUUUGCUUCCCGCGUUCCAGUCGAGGUCAGAAAUGGAAAAUUCCAGAAAUAAACAAUUCGUAAGUUUUAUAUUUCUUUCUCUGUUCCGGUUAGAGUGAUGAGGUCCUGCUCUGUCUCACCGGGAUGUGAAUCAUUCCUUUGUCCAGUCUAUACACACUCACACGCCACCAGCCGCUUGUCAACUCUUUUGGUAUACAGUGCUGGUGUUCGACUAACACUUACUUUCCUUAAUUAUGGCCCCGAAGGGCAAGAGUACUGAUGCUACCAAUUUGGAUAUGCCAAAAAGAAGCCGAAAAGUGCUUCCUUUAAGUGAAAAGGUGAAAAUUCUUGACUUAAUAAGGAAAGAAAAAAAAUCCUAUGCUGAGGUUGCUAAGAUCUACAGUAAGAACGAAUCUUCUAUCCGUGAAAUUGUGAAGAAGGAAAAAGAAAUUCGUGCUAGUUUUGCUGUUGCACCUCAAACUGCCAACGUUACUGCCACAGUGCGUGAUAAAUGCUUAGUAAGAUGGAAAAGGCAUUAGGUUUGUGGGUGGAAGACAUGAACAGAAAAUGUGUCCUUGUUGACGGCAGCAUGUUGCGCCAGAAAGCACUGAUUCUGUAUGAACAUUUCAGCAAGGGAUCCUCUGAAAGGAGUGACACCAAGCCAUUUACUGCAAGUAAGGGGUGGUUACACAGAUUCAGGAGUAGGUUUGGACUGAGAAAUGUAAACACUGCAGAGGCUGUGCCUGCUGUUGGAGAAGCUGCUGCCACAUUUCCGGCAGAGUUGAAGUUGAUCAAGGAGGAAGAGGCGGGCCCGAAGCUAUGGCAGACCACCGCCGGAUCCUGAGUUCCUGCGGACGCUAAGCCAAUUGGAAUGGCCCACCUUUGAUGUGGGAUGGCCCGCUGAGGGUACUUUUGAUCUGCCCAUCUUGUUUGCAGUGCGGGCCACAGUAUACAGGGUUCCCCAUCCCGACCAAUUUGUUUAUAUUGAUGUUUGGGUAGACAUUGCAACAGAAAGGCCGGGGUACAUAAAGAAGUGCCUGCGAGGGAGCCAGCGGGGGAGGCGGGCGAUUUGCCUGGCCACACCUAAAAAUGGGGGGAAGGGAAAAGACACAGCACCCGCCCCAGAACCUCCCCGAGCUCAGCCUAGGUUGUACCCAGUUUUGUCCGGUCCACCGGAGGACCAUCUAGACCCAGUGAAUGCACCUCCUCCUUACCCUCGUAGGGAGGAGCCAGAUUCCUCUCUGCCAGGGGUCAUCGGACUUAUGAGCCCACCACACACUUGGGGAGGGGCCAUUUAUGGGGCGGGAGGGGCCACCAUCUUGCCUCUCCGGGAGGUGCCCCCGGCGCCGGAUGCUCCAUCGCGGGCGCCCCCACGGUUGAUCUAUGUCCCCUUUUCUACUAGUGAUUUAUAUAAUUGGAAGCAUCAGAAUCCCCCAUUUUCUGAAAAACCGCAGGGACUGAUUUCCCUCCUAGAGACUAUUUUCGGGACUCACCAGCCAACCUGGGAUGAUUGUCAGCAGAUUUUGCAGACUCUCUUCACGUCAGAGGAAAGAGACCAUAUUGUAAGGGAGGCUGCAAAAGCUAUACUCGGAGAGGAGGGAGAAACUAUGCCUGAAAGAGGGGAGGUCUAGGACAUCCUUCCAUCUCAAACCCCUGCUUGGGACCCCAACACUACUGGGGGAAGAGACGUGCUCCUCCAGUAUCGCCGGGCUCUACUCAGGGGGCUCAAGGCAGCAGCUAGGAAACCUACAAAUUUUAGUAAGGUUAGCGAGGUUAUUCAAGGCAGAGAAGAAUCCCCCGCUGCAUUCUUAGAAAGGCUCAUGGAGGCAUAUAGAGUAUAUACUCCCCUGGACCCUGAGGCAGAGGAAAAUCGAAGGCUGGUGAACAUAGCUUUUGUAACACAGGCUGCCUCAGACAUUAAAAGAAAACUACAGAAAAUGGAAGGAUUUGAAGGAGGGAAUAGAAGUAAGUUGCUAGAGAUAGCUCAAAAGGUUUAUGUGAAUAGAGAUGACCCAGAAGUCGGAAGGGCAAAAGAAGUUGCCAAAAUUCUACUGACAGCACAGCAGCCCCCAACUAAGGGUAAAGGAAAAGGAGGGGGCCCACAGAGAAGUCAGAGGCGGCGAGUAGAUAAAGACCAAUGUGCGUACUGCAAAGAGAAAGGACAUUGGAAGCGGAACUGUCCCAAGUUAAUGGCAGAAGGAUUAGAGCCGCAAAAGGGCCCCGACGUGUUGCUCCAAACCCUGGACUGACGAAGCCAGGGCUCCAUUCCAGUUGGCUCCCAGGAGCCCCUGGUAACCUUGACAGUCGAAGGUAAGCCUAUAGACUUCCUGGUCGACACGGGAGCCACCUAUUCAGUUUUAAAGCAACCUCAAGGACAGAUCCAGAAAGCAACUACCAAAAUAGUAGGGGCCACGGGAAAGGCAGAAGCAUAUCCAUGGGCCACUGCACGAGUAACUGACCUAGGAAAAGGAACAAUUACUCACUCUUUCCUAGUCAUUCCAGACUGCCCCUACCCAUUGCUCGGGUGGGAUUUAUUACAGAAGCUUUGGGCUACCAUUACCUUCAGGCAAGUAGACGGUUCCUCAGAAAGCCGGGAAGCCGGAGUCAACCUAUACAUAACUGUUCCGCCGUCUGAGGAAUACCUACUGGCCACCAUCCAAGAAGGUUAGGAGGAGACAGCGGGGGUCCCGAACGAUCUCUUAGCAAAGAUGCCUGGUGUAUGGGCGGAGACCAGUCCACCUGGAUUGGUGGCUCACCAACCACCCAUCCUGGUGCAAUUGUUGAGCACUGCCAGCCCGGUCAGAAUUCAGCAGUAUCUGGUCCCAGCACAAGCCAAGCAGGGGAUCGCACGGCACUUGCAAUGCCUACUCGAAGCAGGGAUACUCCGACAGUGCCAGUCAGCCUGGAACACCCCUCUACUCCCAGUCCAGAAGCCGGGGACACUUGACUACCGCCCCGUGCAGGAUUUAUGGGAGGUGAAUGUGAGGGUAGAGACAAUCCACCCUACGGUGCCCAACCCGUAUACCCUGUUAAGCUCGUUGCCUCCAACACACACCUAUUAUUCGGUCCUAGACUUGAAGGAUGCCUUUUUCUGUAUCCCGCUGGCACCCCAGAGCCAAGACAUCUUUGCCUUUGAGUGGAAUGAUCCCGAGAACGGGUUAGUGGGCCAGUUCACCUGGACUCAGCUGCCACGAGGGUUCAAGAAUUCCCCCACCAUUUUUAAUGAGGCCCUAAGUAAGGACUUGCGGGCCUUUCAGUCAUCACACCCGUCAGUGGUGGUAUUGCAGUAUGUUGAUGACAUCCUCAUAGCCGUGAGAAGCGAGGAAGACUGUGAAGUGGCUACACAGACACUGCAGGAUCUCGAACAGAUGGGGUAUCGGGUCUCUGCCAAGAAGUCCCAAAUCGUGACUCAAACUGUAAGUUACUUGGGGUAUAACUUGCAGGGUGGCCAGAGGACCUUGUCCAGCCAGCGGAUCCAGACGGUCCUGCAAAUCCCGGAGCCCACCACCAAAUGACAGGUGCGUGAAUUCUUGGGAGCGGUAGGAUACUGCCGACUCUGGAUCCUGGGUUUCGCAGAAUUGGCCAGACCCUUACACAAAUUGACCCGGGGAAAGGAGGAAUCAUUCACAUGGACCGAUAAGGAGAGGCAGGCAUUCCAAGCCCUUAAGGAAACAUUAGUGGCUGCCCCGGCCCUGGCUCUGCCUGAUCCGGCUAAGCCCUUCUGGCUAUUUGUGGCCAAGAAGGGAGGAAUUGCACUAGGAGUACUCAGCCAGGAACUCGGGCCAUGGAAGAGACCAGUGGCCUAUCUAUCCAAGAAGUUAGACCCAGUAGCCUCUGGGUGGCCCACCUGCCUGAGGGCACUUGCCGCCAUGUCAGUCCUAGUCAAAGAGGCAAGCAAAUUGACUUUGGGCCAGGACAUACAGGUGAUCAGCGAACACUAUGUUGAACAGGUCCUCAGGGCACCUCCUGAUCGGUGGCUAUCCAACACCCGGCUAACGCACUACCAGGCACAGCUGCUUAAUUCGCCAUCGGUUCGUUUCCUGGAGACCACGGCCCUCAAUCCGGCUACCCUUCUGCCCAUGCCGGACUCUACUAUAGCCCAUGAUUGCAAACAGAUUCUAGACACAGUGACUGGCUCCCAUCCAGAUUUGAAAGACCAGGCACAUGAAAAGGUUGAUUUGACUUUGUUCACGGAUGGUAGCAGUUUUGUCACGGACGAGUUAAGGCAUGCAGGGGCAGCAGUGACCACUGAAGAUGAAAUAUUAUGGCAGAAGGCUCUGCCUGCAGGAACCUCUGCACAGCGGGCUGAGUUAAUUGGGCUAACUCGAGCCCUGCAGAUGGCGGAGGGAAAAACUGCCAACAUUUAUACUGACAGCAGAUGUGCCUUUGCCACUGCCCAUAUACAUGGAGUCAUAUACAAGGAACGAGGCCUCCUAACUGCAGGAGGGAAGGACAUUAAGAAUAAGGAUGAAAUCCUCACUCUAUUAAAUGCUAUAUGGUUACCUACUAAGGUUGCCAUUAUCCACUGCAAGGGAUAUCAAAAAGGAGAUUCACCAGUCGAAAAGGGGAAUUGGCUAGCAGACUCAGCUGCGAGGGAGGCCGCGUAUGGCUCCCCAGAGACUGUACUACCUCUCCUACCUCCGCCUAUGCUGCCCCCUCACCCCAGUUAUACACCCAAAGAAAAGCAAGAUGGAAAGAGACUGGGGGGAACGCAGAAUCAGCAAGGAUGGAUAGAAUUACCAGGCUCAAGACUCUGCCUGCCCCAAGGACUCAUAAGGCAAAUUAUUAAAGACAUUCACACCAGCACACAUCUAGGACAAAAUAAGUUAGAGCAAUUAAUGUGCCGGUACUAUUAUAGCCCAGGAAUGAGAAGUAUUAUCCAGUCAAUUGUCUCCAGGUGUAGCACGUGUGCUAAAGUGAACCCACCAAGUAAGAAACUGCUUCCCUUGGUUAGGUAUAGAGGAGGCACUCCUGGGGAACUCUGGGAAAUAGACUUCACUGAAAAGACCCCUGGAAAGUAUGGCUAUAGGUACCUAUUAGUCUUACUAGACACCUUCUCCGGGUAGGUAAAAGCAUUCCCCACCCGAGGAGAAACAGCAUCCACGGUGUUGGAAAUUGUACCCAGGUAUGGCAUACCCCUUGCCCUAGGCUCAGACAAUGGGCCGGCCUUUAUAUCUGCCAUAUCACAGGAACUAGCCACAAAAUUAGGUAUUAAGUGGAUGUUACAUUGUAUAUAUAGAUCACAAAGCUCAGGACAAGUAGAAAGGAUGAAUAGGACUCUUAAAGAAACCAUAAUUAAGUUAAGAGAGGAGACCGGCAAAAACUGGGUGGAGCUACUCCCUUUUGCCCUUUUUAGGACAUGGUGUACCCCUUACCUGAAGAAAUGGACACCAUAUGAAAUCAUGUUUGGGCAGCCGGUACCACUUGUACCCCGACUGACCACUGAAGAACUGGAAAUGUCUAAUCAUAACUUCUUAAAGUCCUUACAGGCACUGCAGCAUAUUCGACGUGAGGUGCGGACCCUCCGACAGGCGAUCCAGGUGGAUAAGGCUGAAGGUGCCAAACUACCGGAAGCACCAGAACCUGGACAGUGGGUGUGGAUCCUGAACCAUAGGAGGGGCAACCUAGAGCCUCAGUGGACUGGGCCCUUUCAAGUACUGCUAAGUACCCCCUCCACAGUUCGGGUGGCCGAGAAGCCCUACUGGAUCCAUCUCUCCCACACUAAGCCAGCCCAACUGCCCAGGGAUAGCCAGCAAAAAUGGCAAGUCAAGCAACAGCCAGGAGAACCCUUGAAACUCACCUUCUCCUCUGUCUAG